CGCAAAAGCACGUAUCACUCAUUUCGCGUUCCGGUUCAUCCUGCUAUGAUCUUGGUACCGAGAACUCGUUAAAAAAACACGAAUACGGUUCUGGUAGUUUACAAAUGUUAUUCACAAUAAUUCAAUUAAAUGGUGGGGAUUGAACGGAAUCGCAAUUGAAAAUAUCGUGUUGUGGAAGUAAACUAUGGAGUUGAGUGAUUUUUAGUAGAUACAGUGCCAAAUUUAAUAAAAAAAAACGUUAUUUAGUGAUGAAUACAGUGAAAUUACUUUGUGCGUGUGUUGAAAUUAUAUGUGCAUAAGAAUUAAACAAUGUAUCGAUAUGUUUAUAACAAAUUCCAAGGAAACAAAAGGAGAGUUAGUGGGAGUGUAAAAAGUGUGAAUGUUUAGAUGCUAAAUAUCAAUGAUAUAAAAUGUGGAUUUUUAAUUGGCUGCUACUCCUUUUCGGUAUACCGUUCAUCCUAACGAACAAAAGAUGCGAAAGAAGCAGUGGUUGUACUUGUUACAACGGUAACGAUUUGGAGUACCAGUGCCCAUCAGAAAACGACCUCAAUGUUUUGCUGCGGUACUCCACCAACCCAGCAAGGGUUGUUGUCGAUGGCCACAAAGCCCUUCCGUUUCUGGAAGAAGAAAACCUACCCAAAGUGAGCUUAGGGAAAGUUGAAAGUGUUAAAAUAAGUUACUGCGGACUUCCCCGAAAAAGUUACAAAACGCUUUUCGACAGAGUGAACAUUACAGAAACAAAGACUUUGAUUAUAGACAAUAUAGUACCAAAUGGCGAACAUGCGGUUUUAAGUAGCGCUCUUUUUGAAGACCUCGAAUAUUUGGAAUAUUUGCGAAUUUCCAACAAUGAGAAUAUUAUCGUAGAAGACAAUUUUUUAACCAAAGUACCUAAACUACUUGAACUCAACUUGUACAAUAGCAAUAUGGCUGUAAACGUAUCGGCAUUGCCUAAUCUAAGAAUGUUGGACAUGAGCAAAACCAAAAUGCAAGAUAUCCCGUCAGGAAAUUUCGUUAAUUUAAAACAACUGAAGCAGCUAUAUUUAUUUAGCAACAAUAUUAAAACUUUAAACCAAAACUCUUUUAAAGGCGCUGAUAACGUCGAAAUGAUUGAAUUGCUGAAUAAUAAGAUUACGCAAAUUGAAGAUGGGACUUUUAAACAUAUGCAUCAUCUUUACAAUAUAAGUUUGAUUAACAAUAACAUUACAUCGAUUUCUGAAAAUACAUUCCAAAGUCACAAAAGUUUGUACUCUAUUAGAUUGGCCUAUAAUAAAUACCUGAGAUUACUUGAUAGAGCCUUUUUCAGUAUGAACAACCUGACGUUAUUAAGACUGGAUUACUGUAAUUUAAAGGAUCUUCCAGAUAACACAUUUGAGGGAUCGACCAAUUUAAAAGAAAUACAACUGCAAAGUAACCAACUUGAAACUAUACCACUAAGGUGUUUUAGUGGUUUAGAAAAAUUAAAAAAAUUAAAUCUUGGUUUCAACAAGCUUAAAGACCUACCAAAUGGAAUUUUCGAAUCGUUAAACUCCCUGGAAGAAUUAAAUUUAGAAAACAAUGCUUUAACUAAGAUUAGUCUAGAUUUGUUUAAAAAUCAAAACAGGCUGUAUUCUCUUAAUUUAAGGAAUAAUUUACUUUCUUCCAUCGACAAAUUUGCCUUUACGACUUUAACCAAUGUAAAAGAAUUGGAUUUAUCCUAUAAUAAAUUACUGUUAGAAAUUGAUCCUCAGUUUUAUAUAGGAGUGUUUUCUAAUUUUAAGGAUUUAGUUUCAUUGAAUUUAAGCCACAAUCUCAUGGAAUCUAUGGACAACAUUCCUCCGUCAGUACAUCUUAAAACAAUUGAUAUGUCAUACAACAACAUUAAGGAAUUAUCACUCCAAAACCUUCAGAACCAAGUGUUUUCCAACAAAGUCAACUUCGAUUUUUCCAACAACAACAUUACAACAAUCGAUUCAAAGUUGGUCGAUAUAGCUAUUACCGAAAAUCCCGAUUGGAGGAUCGACAUAAAUCUAUCGAACAACCCGAUUGAUUGUAGUUGCGAAAACUACGAGUUUCUCAAGAGCUUUCCCGAAAUCCAAUACGCUGGAAAUAAUUUCAACUUUAUCGACUACGAUAAGUUGAAGUGCAACGAUAUUGAUUUUAAGUUUAUUGAUAUACCAUUCUCCAAAAAAUUUAUAGUUUGUCCAAUGGAAUCUGUUGGGAAGACUGUUUACAAUUGUUCCGAAGAAUGCGAAUGCUUUUUUAAGCCUUAUAACUCAAGUUUUAUUAUGAAUUGUUUUAAUAAAAGCUUGACGGAAGUUCCUAAAUUUAAAGCUCCUGAAAAAGUGAGAGUUUUAAACACAAACUAUAAGAUUGAAAACGUCAUUGUGAAAUUGGAACACAACAAUUUGGAAGAAAGUCCCCCAAAAAAUUACGGUUAUGAAAACAUUACAGAGAUUUAUUUGGAUAACAAUUCUAUCCGGAAUAUAUCAUGGAUUCCCUCUAAACUAAAGGUAUUACAUCUAGAUAACAAUUAUUUAAAUUCAUUGAGUAGCAAUUUUAUAGAACUACUUAACACAUCCAUAAUUGAAAGUUUAACGCUUGAUGAAAACCCUUGGACAUGCGAUUGUACGACUGUUCAAUUGCAAAAUUACUUAUUGGCCAACCCCAAAAAGAUCGAGACAAAUAACAUACGUUGCAAAAAUUCUGGAUUUCAAAUAAUACAACAUCGCAGCUUAUGCAAAUCACAAACGGUUACAGUUUUGGCUACAAGUAUUACUUUAGUGGUGUUGUUACUUAUAGCCGCUUGUUUAGCAGCCAGCUAUUACAAAUGGCAAGAACCAAUCAAAGUGUGGCUUUACAGCAAAAAUCUCUUCUUGUGGUUCGUUACUGAAGAAGAACUCGACAAGGGCAAAAUAUACGAUGUAUUUCUAAGUUUCUCUUCUAAGGAUGAUGAUUUUGUUUUAAAAAGCCUACUCCCAGCUCUGGAAUCAGAGCCAAAUCCUUUCAAAGUGUGCGUUCAUUACAGAGAUUGGAUCCCAGGUGAGCACAUCACCACGCAAAUCAUCAACUCCGUCACCGAUUCAAGAAGAACGCUAGUAGUGCUAUCAAGCAAUUUCCUGGAAAGUAACUGGGCGAAAAAUGAGUUCCGCAUGGCUCAUACUCAAGCCCUUAACGAUGGAAGGGCAAGAGUAAUCGUUGUUAUUCUUGGGGACAUCGAGAUUGCCAAGUUGGAUGACGAAUUGAAAGCCUACCUCAGAACUAACACAUACGUUAAAUGGGGUGACCCGUGGUUUUGGCAGAAACUUUCUUACGCUCUUCCGCAUCACAAAGCUCAAAAAAAUAAGUUUAGUCAAAAGCAUGCAAAUAUUAUGCUAAAAAUCGAUCAGAAGUUUGACAUGGUGAAGACUAUGCCUCAGUCCACACCACCUAUUUUAACACUUGAUACAAACAUAUUACCAAGUUAUCCGCUAAGUUUUGUUUCUGAUAAAAUUAAAGACUCUUGUCCGGUAGAAACUAAUGAGAAUUGUUUGAUUAUAAAAAGGUAAUUGUGAUAUUUUAUUCUUAGUUUACGAAUGACUAUCAAUUAAAGACAAUAUUGCUAUUGCUUUUGCAAUUAAAAUAAAUUGACAAUGAUAUUAUAAAUUGGCAUCUAUAAGAAUAUAUUUGUAAAUAGUUUUAUAUUUUUAUUAAGAAAUGUUUUUUUAAUUUUUACAUAUAGGUUUAUUGUUGUAAAUACAAAAUAUUUUUGUGCAAAUUUUAUAGUUUAAUUGAACCUCAGUGUAAAUAAGAUUUAUCGUAUAAAUGUAAAGUAU